AUUAUUCUCUCUCUUUAUCUUCAACCCUUUGGAGCCUCGACGCUAGUAUGUCCCGGCCACCCACCUCCGCCUCUAUCUCCACCUUCUCUUCCCCACUUCUCGUCUCCUCCGCCGCCUUCUUCUAGGUCCCUUUUGGAUUUUCUUUCUUUCUUCGAAUUUGGGUUUGGUGGGGACCCGGUCUGGUGAUUUCUAGCGUCGUCGAUCUUUGUAAUGGGGGUUAGGGUUUGGAUUAGCGGGAUCCUUAUGAUGCUUUUAUGGGAAAGCCUUGCCUCCUCUGCUGAACCCGGCUUUUGCUCUCCAAUUUCCGUUACUGAUUCGAUCUUAGGGUUCCGAGAAUCCAGCUGCCCUCUUUACCCCGAUUCGCUCUCCUUUGGUUUCAAUGGUGUUACAGAGGGAGAUGAGGUUUCAUUACAAAGGGCCCUGAACAUGGUUCACAAGAAUAGUUAUGAUUAUGUGGCUGUGCUUUUCUAUGCCUCUUGGUGUCCUUUCUCGAGGACCUUUAGGCGAACCUUCUCCAUCCUGUCUUCUCUAUAUCCUUCCAUACCGCAUUUUGCCAUUGAAGAAUCAGCUAUCAGGCCAAGUUUCUGCAGUAUUCUCUCAAAGUAUGGAGUUCAUGGAUUUCCUACUCUCUUCAUUUUAAAUUCUACAAUGCGUAUUCGAUAUCAUGGCUCUCGAACCCCUUCUUCUCUGAUUUCUUUCUACAGCGAUGUUACUGGCAUCAUGACUGCAUCGCAUGAUGAAGCGUCACUAGACAAAAUUGGAAGCUCGUCAAAUCACGAGAAGAAUGGCAACUCCGAGCAGGAAAGCUGCCCAUUCUCAUGGGCAAGGUCUCCAGAGAACUUGCUCCGUCAAGAAACAUAUCUGGCACUGGCCACCACGUUCGUGGUACUGAGAUUGCUCUACUUAAUUUUUCCUACUUUGCUUGUAUUUUCUCAAUGUGCUUGGAGAAGGUACAUCCGAAACAUGAGAUUCGGCGCCUUGUUGGAGCAUCCCAUCGCCUAUCUUAAGCGAGCGGUACAGUUAUCAAAUUCCUUAAAGGAGCCUUGUAAGAGGAGCAAUUUGCAGGAAGGAGCCAUGAAUGCAAAAGCGUGGGCUUCAAAGUCCCUUGCCACUGUUUCAAUCGGCGAUGCAAGCACCAGCAGCCGGUGUGUGCCAGUGAAUGAAUGCCACUAACCUUCUCAGAAAGCUCAGAGCCACUCGAAAAAGCCUUCGACUCUCUCGUCGUCGUCCAUGAAUGGUCCAACAACAGCAGAAACAGAAGAGCGUUUGUGCUAGAAGCUUUUAAGAAAAUCAUCCUGAAGCUCUUGAGAUAUUAGGGGUUUUAGUUUUGGGGUUCAACGGUCAUGCCAUGAAGGUGAAAUAUGUAACUAAAUCUUGAUGAUGCUGUAGAAAUUCAUUUUUCGUUUUGUCUAUAUGCUUUUUUUUUAACAGGUUACAAUAUAGUAAGCACGAGUAGUUAUUCAGAUUUGCCUUUGGAGACCUCCAUUUGAGAUAAGGUUUAAUUGAUAAUAAUUAGUGUAAUUUUCAUUAUAUGUACCAAAACAAAAACCUCUGCUUUUUGCUUUUUU